AUGGACCCCGAGCGCUGCGCGCCUUUCGCCGUGGGGCCAGCAGCGGGUCCUUAUGCGGCCCCGGGGGACGAGGCUCCGGGUGCCCAGGGGACUCCGGAUGCUGCGCCUCACCUGCACCCCGCGCCACCCCGCGGUCCGCGCCUGAGCCGCUUCCCGGCCUGCGGGCCCCUGGAACCCUACCUCCCAGAGCCCGCCAAGCCGCCCGCCAAGUACCUGCAGGACCUCGGGCCCGGCCCGGUGCUCAACGGCGGCCACUUCUACGAGGGCUCCGCGGAAGCUGAGGAGAAGGCCUCCAAAGCUGUCAGCUUCCCCCAACUGCCAGUGGACCACCGAGGGGGUCCUAGAGACGGACCCUCUAAUGUGCAAGGUUCCCCGGGCCCCUGCCUGGCCAACCUGAGCGUCCCUCUUUCCCCGGGACUCCCUGACUCCAUGGAGUUGGCCAAGAGCAAGAGCAAGAAGCGCCGGAACCGCACAACCUUCAGCACGUUCCAGCUGGAAGAACUGGAGAAGGUCUUCCAGAAAACCCACUACCCCGAUGUGUACGCUCGAGAACAGCUGGCUUUACGAACGGACCUGACUGAGGCCAGGGUACAGGUCUGGUUCCAGAACCGAAGAGCCAAGUGGCGGAAGCGUGAGCGUUAUGGGAAGAUGCAGGAAGGGCGGAACCCCUUCACUACUGCCUAUGACAUCUCUGUGCUGCCCAGAACUGAUAGCCACCCUCAGCUGCAGAACUCCCUGUGGCCCAGUUCAGGAUCUGGGAGCCCAGGGGGACCCUGCCUCAUGUCUCCAGAGGGCAUCCCCUCUCCAUGCAUGUCCCCAUAUUCCCACUCUCAUGGAAAUGUGGCGGGCUUCAUGGGAGUGCCAGCCUCCCCUGCAGCCCACCCUGGCAUCUAUUCCAUCCACGGAUUUCCUCCUGCCCUGGGAGGGCACAGCUUUGAGCCUUCUCCAGAUGGCGACUACAAGUCCCCAAGCCUCGUCUCGCUCAGGAUGAAGCCCAAAGAGCCCCCUGGCCUGCUGAACUGGACCACGUGA